GAGGAAAAACACAAGCUAGGUGUAGAGUUGGAAUCUUUACUCCCAGAAAAGCCAAUGCAUAUCAUUGAUUUCUUGAGGGAGCAUAGUUCAAAUGGAAGGGAAUCGGAAGAGGAAGAAAUUGAGAUUGAUAUUGAUGACCUCAGUGAUGAUACCUUCCUCACAUUGCGGAAGCUUUUAGAUGGCCAUUUGCAAGAGAAACAAAAUUGCAAAUCAAGAGCUGAACCUUGUAAAAUUCAGGUACAAAGAAAUCUGGACUGUGCAGUUCACCCAUGCAACAAGGUAGAGGGGAUGACCAGGGUAAAGAGCUUGUUGAUUCUAGGGGAAAUGAGCCUCCUGUGUCAAGCUAUCCACCUAAGGAGACAGAGGAGACAUGCCUUAAAAGCAUCAAGUCUGCCAAUUCUGGAAGCUCUAGAGACUCUGGAAGUGUUGACGGUGAAGCUGUUGCUGCUAAAGCUUCAAGUCCGGUGGGUUCUCAUAAGGUACUGGAAGCUGUAGAUUCUGGAACUCAAUUUGAUGAGAAGACGAGUGUCAAUAAUCCUCUUGAUAGGAAUAAAUAUGUUUGUUUCGAUCAGCUUGAGCAGACUUCUCAGGCAAAGUCAAGUUCUGUCGAGUCAGAUUGUCACCAAGAUGGGGAGAGUGCUCCAGCUGAGAGACAGGUGUCUCCUGAGAAACUCUACAGGGCUGCUAUAUUGAAGAAUCGAUUUGCUGAUACCAUUCUGAAAGCUCGAGAAAAGACGCUUACUGCACAGGGUGAGAAUGUUGACCCUGAACAACUGCGCCGUGAGAGAGAAGAACUUGAACAUCUAAGUAAGAAAGAAGAGGCACGGUUGCUAGCAGAAGCCAAGGCUGCUGAAGAUGCUCAAAGACGAGCCGAAGCCGAAGCUGCAGCUGAGGCCAGACGGAAAAGGGAGCUUGAGAGGGAUGCCACACGACAGGCAUUACUGAAGAUCGAAAAGACCGUUGAAAUCAAUGAGAAUUCCAGGUUUCGAGUUAGGUGGCGUUUAGUUCGUUAGAAUGUUUAUG